GUCAGCGCCGCCCCCCUCCCCGGGUCUGCAGCAGCUCCGGCCGCCUCGUCGCGCCCCCCCAGCCCCCUCCCCCCGCCCCCGCCGCCCCCCGGGCCGGUGCAGCCGCAGGCGGGGUCCCCCUCCCCCUCCCCCCUCUCCCCCCAGGCCUCGCGCGCCCCGGACCGGCCCCCCCUUUCCCCUCCCCCUCCGCGCCGCCUCUGCCGCGAUGCCCCCCCCUGCGCCCGGGGCCCGGCUCCGGCUUCUCGCCGCCGCCGCCCUGGCCGGCUUGGCCGUCAUCAGCCGAGGGCUGCUCUCCCAGAGCCUGGAGUUCAACUCUCCUGCCGACAACUACACAGUGUGUGAAGGUGACAACGCCACCCUCAGCUGCUUCAUCGACGAGCACGUGACCCGCGUGGCCUGGCUGAACCGCUCCAACAUCCUGUAUGCCGGCAAUGACCGCUGGACCAGCGACCCGCGGGUGCGGCUGCUCAUCAACACCCCCGAGGAGUUCUCCAUCCUCAUCACCGAGGUGGGGCUCGGCGACGAGGGCCUCUACACCUGCUCCUUCCAGACCCGCCACCAGCCGUACACCACUCAGGUCUACCUCAUUGUCCACGUCCCUGCCCGCAUUGUGAACAUCUCGUCGCCUGUGACGGUGAAUGAGGGGGGCAAUGUGAACCUGCUUUGCCUGGCCGUGGGGCGGCCAGAGCCCACGGUCACCUGGAGACAGCUCCGAGACGGCUUCACCUCGGAGGGAGAGAUCCUGGAGAUCUCUGACAUCCAGCGGGGCCAGGCCGGGGAGUAUGAGUGCGUGACUCACAACGGGGUUAACUCGGCGCCCGACAGCCGCCGCGUGCUGGUCACAGUCAACUAUCCUCCGACCAUCACGGACGUGACCAGCGCCCGCACCGCGCUGGGCCGGGCCGCCCUCCUGCGCUGCGAAGCCAUGGCGGUUCCCCCCGCGGAUUUCCAGUGGUACAAGGAUGACAGACUGCUGAGCAGCGGCACGGCCGAGGGCCUGAAGGUGCAGACGGAGCGCACCCGCUCGAUGCUUCUCUUUGCCAACGUGAGCGCCCGGCAUUACGGCAACUAUACGUGUCGCGCCGCCAACCGACUGGGAGCGUCCAGCGCCUCCAUGCGGCUCCUGCGCCCAGGAUCCCUGGAGAACUCAGCCCCGAGGCCUCCAGGGCUCCUGGCCCUCCUCUCCGCCCUGGGCUGGCUGUGGUGGAGAAUGUAGGCGCAACCCAGGGGAGCUCACCUCCCCCUGCAGGGGGCCUCAGGCCAAGAGUGAGAGAAACGGGGGAGCAAGAGCCGUGGGUCUCGUGGGGGCAGAAGAGCUCUCGGCCACCAAGGAAGAAGAGAGAGGAGAAGAGGAGGAGGCAGAGGAAGAAAGAUCUUCAGAGAACCCAUCACUGUGAGGGAUAACGCAAAAUUAUGCAUCUUUCUACAGCCAUUCUCGCCACCCGUUCACGUUUCCGAUUGCGACCCACUCCCGCCACCCCAUACCCCUCUCUCUUAGCUCAGGCUGUCAACUGGCUUGUGUGGGUGUGGGUGUGUGAGUGUGAGCCUGCAUGCGUGUGUAGGUGUCUGUGUCUCUGUGUGUGUGUGGCGGCGGGGGGGGUGGGCUGGGAGAAGGGACUCAGCCGUCCUCCCGCCCCCGAAACCCCCAUGUCCACUGUCCCCAACCCUACUGCCUCUCACCUCUGGCUGGAGGUAGGUAUGAGGCUCUGCAGUGGAAGCUGUGAAGAGAGGCUUACCAGGCUCCCUGCUUCCCCAAUAUAUGCACGCACACUACCCCUCCCCCUGUCGAAAGGGCAACUCCUGGCAGGUUGGGAGUGGGGAGGGGCAUCGCACUCACCUGUCAAGCUGUCAUUCAGCCUUUGUGAGUAAGUGGGGGACCUCCAUCUGGGCUCUGGGCUUCCCUGCUGUCAACCACCAGCUUCCUGUAGCCAGAGGCCCCAUCGCUGGCUCAGUGGCCUGAGACCUUCCCACUUUUCCUGUCCCUCCCCACCCUGGAUUUUCUGGCCCCCUCCUGGGCCAAUCGGUGCUUCCAUCCAACUGUCAGACUGGUGGCAGGAGUCACCUGUCUGUUUCAGUGCUUUGCCCUACCCUUGCCACCACUCCCCUUGGCCUUGAUUUCCCCACCUGCGGCACCAGCCAGCUGCCCUUGGGGCCUUUGCAGCUGGCCCACAGGUGUGAGCUUGCUGGUCUAUCACUUCCUGGCCUCUCCACCAACUGUACCUCCCAAAGGCUACCUGACCACCCUCACACACACUCAGACGCACCACACACACAUACACACACACAGACACAGACACACACACACACACACACCAGUGACUGUGACCAGCAAUAGCCCCCUGGCUCCAGCUGUCUGGUAGCUGGUGAUUAGCUGUAUUUCCCCCUGGGUAGGCAUCUGGUGUCAGGAAGGGACGCUGAGAGGCCGCAGCCUCAGCUCUGACUGUAGGAACACUCCACCCUGGUACACCACACCACACAAAGUGGGGGACAGAGAGGCAUCACACAGACAUCCUGAGCCCAGACAAAGAUGCCAUGUCACCAACUCCGACUCCCAGGAGACCCUCUAUAUAAACACCCACCCCAAACCACACCACCCAGAGUCUGGUGGAGAAAAGGAGAGGGCAAGGCGCAGUGACUGUACCUCAGACGGGGGCAUGGGCCCCAUCCCACAUUGUCUUCCAUUCCCAGGGUCCAGGGGAUGGGGUGGGACAGGGGAGGGAUGCUAGGGAGGGGGUGGGGGGCCCUGGGGGCCGUGUGUUCCAAUUCAUGGGGAGUGUUGAGACCACCACACCAAUAAACGCCUUUUUCCAAA